CAGGUAAAGGUUAAACGUUACUCACAAGCUCAGCCUAAUAAUGCACAACUGCCUCACAAAAACAAGUGUAAAACGAAUGUUAAGCUCUCCCAAUUCGUGAUAACCACAAAUACCGCCACGUUUAUCUUGAGAAAGAAAGUGCUUUACCGUUGCGCAGGCACUUUUCUGACGCCAUCUCCGGAUUGAAGUCUGCCACCAGUAGCUUAAAAAAGGAACAGUCGAAGUGACUUUUCAAACCCCUUUUAGCUGUUCUUAAAUAUCUUUUUCACUUCCGGAUUCAACGUUCGCUUCAAGACGACCAAUGCAAUUCCAACAGGCGGAGUCUGAAGAGUUUGUCGUAACCAAGGAGACGUAGCUCCCGCCUCCAUUGCUUCUUCCCGACUGCAUUUACGGACAAAAACAUCCCCUAAUGUAAAUGUUCUAAUGAAAACAAUGGGGAAAACGAGAGGUUUAGAAUUAAGGUGGAUUCAGGGCUCUACGAAUCAAAACAUUGAGUUUGUGGGUGAAAAAACUGUAUGUUACUUGUGUGGAAGUCACAUUUGCUUCCUGAAUUUGGAGACCAAGGAUCAGAGGGUGUUGGAGAGUCCUGGCCGAGGUGCUGGUGCUUUGACUGCGAGUGGCAUCAGUGGCAUCUUCGCUUUUUCUGAGCGAAAACUUGAACCCACCGUAUUCAUCUACUCAUUCCCAGAUCUGAAACUGAAACAGCAACUGAAAGUGUAAUAUUUCUUAUCCUUUGAGGUUUUGCAGUUUUUCUUUCAGAUCUAAGUGAGUGUUUUCUGUAUUAUUAUUAUUAUUAUUAUUAUUUUAUCUAUUAAACCACUUGUUCUUCCGAGGUGGUGCCUUGUUGGACUACACAUUGUUGGCUCUAAGUGAUGGGGGACCUUAUUUGGCUGGAUGCUCCUCCGUGCCUGCCUUUACCAUCACUAUAUGGAACUGGGAAAGUGCUGAGUCACUGUGCAGCCUCGUGCAACGUGGGUGCGACGUUGUGUCGCUGGCAUUCAACCCUUUGAACUGGCUUCAGUUUUCUGUUCUGGGGACGUCGUUUAUCACCGUCUGGAAUAUUGAAAAGAGUGUGAGCACUCACGUUCUCAAACCGAGUGUUAUACAACUUCCUGCAGCUGAUGGAUCUUUUGUUGAACAAGCGCUUCCUCCCUUGCUCAAUGCCAACAUGGAAUUUACCUAUUACGGUCCAGAAAUGCCUCCAUCGUCCGUCUCAGGGGUUAGUGGAGACGACCUAGAGAGUGUCUGGGCUGACCUUUGCUCCAAACCCAGUCUAACUCCUGUCGCCAUCUGCUGGACAACCUCGUCCGAGCUCUACGUGGGCUGCCAGGAAGGCUUCCUGCUGCUCCUUGAUGCCGAAACCCACGCUGUGUCAGUCGUCUUUGACCCCACUGCUCCAGCUGCAAAUCCUGAACUGAAGCAGCGCAGUUUUCAAGGCUUAUCUCUUGAUCGGAACGGUUUAAUUGCUGUGAAAAAGGACAGGACUGUGCACCGUCUGAUCAUCAAAGGGACUCAGGUUACUAUCGCACAAACAUGGCGAUUUGAGACCCCCAUCUGUGCUGCGAUGUUCUCCCCAGAUUACGAAACACUGCUAUUCACUUCUAGCACGGGACAAAUAUACAGACCCAGCACUGGCCAAUCGGAGGGGAUUGUAAAAGUGCUGGAUGUUCUCAGCGGAAACUUUUUGGCAGCCACUUUUUGCCAGUCCAGUGAGAAUAUUUGUGUGUCAGUGAGGGAGGGGGGACAACUGCAGCUGUGGUCUGCAGAUGGAAUGUGCCUCGGUUCUCUGCCACUUCAUGUUCAGGCGACAAGCUUGGCCUGCUGUCCGAGUGCAGCGUACGCAGCCCUGGGAACUGCUUCAGGACAGCUCCUGUUCAUUGAUCUGACCGAGCCUCGACAGCCACGUUUGGUUCAUCACAUUCGUCUGUAUCACUCUGCAGUGCAGCACAUAGUCUUUGAUCAAACAGGUCACUUCCUGUUGACUGCGGCCACAGACCCAAACAUCUACGUGCUCAAUGCAAGAGCAUCGCUGUCAUUUUCCGUUGUCGGUUACACAGUUGUCGCAGGACCGGUUCUGUCCUUGUCUGCCCGCUACAUUGCUGAGAGCCGGCUGGUCCAAGUUCUCACUCUGUGCCCUGGACAUGAAAGACCAACUCUCGAGGGCUGCCUUCUUUCCCUUUUUACACUGUCUGCCGAAAACCUUGCAGAGCGUCACGGUCGUCUGUCAGACGAAGGCCUGAACAUGUUGACCUACGAAGUGCCUCAUCCUGUUAGCUCCUGCGUCCUUGGACUCCACUCUGUUUUUGCUUACUGUCACCGCAGGAAAACCCUUCAGCUUUUUCAGCUUCCGCAGGAUGCAGAAGCCAGGCAUGAGACGGUUGAGCUGAAACAAACAAAGGAAGUGAAAGGUCACCCUCUGGGCCCAGCCACACUCGUACUUUCUCCAGACCAGAGGUGGUUGGCUUCACUGGGCAGAGAUGGCUCGCUGCAAAUCAGAGAUACUUCCUCAAUGGAUCAUCACGUGGAGAAACAGAGCCACUCCUCUGGUGUCGGAGGAGUUCAAAGUGUCUCUUUUUCUCCGGACAGUCACUCGCUCCUCACUGCUGGCUUUGAAGAUGGUUGUCUGGUCUGCUCCCAGUUCAGAUUUGAAGAUGCAGAUAGUAACACCGCCACUGACUUGAAUGAGAUGUUGAGCUCAGAAAACUCUGUGCUCCGUGGCCUGCCUGAGUGGGAGUCACCUGAUGAGUUUGUAGACAGAAAUAAGAUGGAUGGGGAAGAAGUGAAUGUAACGAAACAUGAAGACAGUUGUGACUCACCGUCUCGCCUCACCUGGCUGGAAAUAAAGCACAACAGGAUUUUGCAGGAAGAUGAUGAGCAAUAUUCUGUGAAAAAGGAAAACCUCAGAAAAAGACUCCAAGAGCUGCGUGAUGCUGUCCAAGAUAUGGUCAGUGAAAAUGAGAAUGCUUCGCAAAUGGAACAAAUGGAUCUCCAGCAGUUCAACCUGGAUGUCGAUGGGCAACGGAGACUGGAUGCCAUGGUGGCAGAAGAAGUCAUGCAGGUCCUUCUCACCUGUUUAAAGUAUGAAAUGAAUAUUGUCCGUUUCAGAUUAUUCAAAAGCAUAUUUUAUGAAAUGCAGGUAAAGAGUGAGAUUGAGCAGAAAAUUCAGGAGAAGGAUGCUCUUUGUGCCAAACUGAAGAAAGAACUCUGGGAUUCGAUGAUGGUGAAAGGUCGAGCUGUCAGGGCAUUUCACUCUGAUCACGAGGUGAAGAACUUUGCUCUGACAGAGCGGACAACGAAACAGUUGGAGGAUCUUCGUCGAGUUGAACAUAUGAGGAUGCUAGAAAAGGCAGCUAUUAAGCAGCAGAACAGUGGCCAGGAGAGGCUUCACGACCCGACCAGUGGAAGUGAGGUCAAACAAGGGGAAGGAAGAGAAGUGCUCACGAGUAGUUACUCUGCCCAGCUGGGAUGCUCACACCCAGACCUGUAUGAUCAGUUGACCCUGCAAACCACUGAUCAGAGGAUCAACCAGAUCAUUCUGCUGCAGGACGUUAUCCACAGAGUCAAGACGGCUUUCAACAAUGAAUUUGAUGCCGUGCACAGACAGAAGGUGCAGGAGAUCAGCCACGUGAGAGACAGGAACCGGCAAAUUAGGGAGAUCAUGGCGGAACUGGAACUGAAAGAGGACCUCUGGGAGCCUGAAAUGACUGUCAGCGAGAUGCCGGAGAGACUUUUUAGUGUAGACAACCACGAGAUAGAAACAGAGAAGUUCCUCACCCCUGAGCAAAGACAGGAAGAAGAGCGGAAGAGGCAGGAGGAGCAGAAACGUUUGAACGCAGAGCGUGAUGAGUCCAGAGAUAGGGCGCUGGAAGACAUGAUGGCCGGAGUUCUAGAAGUCAAAACUCAGGGCUUCCUGAAACUGGAAAUACCUCCGCCUGAGUUUGUUUUGACCAAACCUGACAUCCACUGGACCGACGAGGAGAAAAAGCUGCAUCAAGAGUUUGAAAAGAAAAGCAAAGUUCUGUGUGAGGAGAAGGAGAAGUACAGAAAGUCUCUUGAGACGGAGAUGAAAAAACUUCAGGCGUCCACGGCUGAAUUCACAGAGAAGUUUGAUGGGAGCGUGAGAAGGUUGUUUGAAAUGAAAAUUCGAAGUCAGAUGGCUGUUUAUCAGGAGGAGCUGAAAAUAAUAUGUCUCAAGCACUCGAUCCAUCUGGAUGAAGCGAUGAGAAACCGUGAAGUGGAGCUCACGCUGAAACUUGAACAAACCCUGGCACUCAAGGAACAAUUGGGAAAUGAGCUGAUGAAGCAAGAACAAGAGGUGGCAUUGUUUCGGGAGUCGUAUGAAAGCGUCCUGGCGGAGGACAGGGUUGGUACCAAGUUAGAAAAUCAUCUGUUAUCAAUCUUUACCUAUCUUUCUUUCAAGAUCCUCGACAAAGAUUUUAGGAAAGAGUUUCUGGAUUUGCCGAGAGUUGUCGUGGAUCAUCUCUAUAAACUCUUCAAAAGGAGGCCCAGGGUUCAGAAAUUAAGGACUGAAAACAGCUCCAAACCUUUUAAAGAGCAAACUCCGUGUGCGUCUCAAGGUCCGGAUGCUUUUGACAAAAUGCUGAAGGCAAUGGAGGAGCUGGACGCGAAAGAAAAUAUGCCCGAGGGCUUGAACCCGUCAGUGUGGGAGAGAUUUUGUCACGUGCGCAGAGCGAAAGCAGCCAGUGAGCAGAAGGUCAGAGUAAAUGCUCUCACUAUGGCUGAGAUGCAGGCAUUCCUGCAAAGGAGGAAUGAAGAAAAUAUGGCAGCUGAGCAACAAAUCCAAACUCUUAACCGUGAACUUGAAAGUUCACUAAAGACGAGAAACAUGCUCCAGAUGGACACCAUGGUGCAGGCCUUACUGAAACAGGGCCAGGUGGAGGUCCCCAUCACAGAUCUGGCCCCGGACUACAGUGGCGCUGUGCUUCUCCACCGGAGUGUUGUGGAGGACCUCAACAGAACCAUCCAGGCACUAGGUGAACAAAAAAUUGCCACCAUGGAGGAAACUAAAGAACUGCGUAAAGGCCUGAUCCAAAUGGAGUGGGAAAACAAGAAGCGGAGAAUGCAGAUAGAAGAUCUGAAGAUCAAGGCCAGGGAUAUCCAGAUGUUGCGCCUCACUGAGGAUCAGAAAGAGUAUCUCAACAAAAUCGACCGUGACAGUCGAGUGUCCAAGCAAGUGUCCACGCUGAAGAAGACCAUAGAGUUCCACAAGAAGGCUCAUUUUAAAGCCAUCGAGAAGCACAGGUUGAAAAUCAAGCAGCUCAAGUCUCAAGCAGGAAAGAAAGCUGAGGAGAACGCAGAGCUGGAUCAGCAGAUACAAGGCAUGGAGGUGACAGUGUCGGAGCUGAGGCACAUCUGGGAAGCUACAGCCUUUUUGGAAGCUCAUUCUACUAAAAGACCAGCGAUCAAGGCAACUGGCAAAGGGAAUAUGUGAAAUUCAGACGGUGGAAUUGCAUCUCACUUGAAUAACAAAUAUUUAUUGAUAAUAUUCUUUAACUGUAAAUUCAACAUGAAACUUGAAGUAUCAAUAAAACUGACAAAC